CGAAUCUCGGAAAAAAAUUGCUGGAAUUAUUUCUCAUAUACAGCGACAGCAUCUCCUUUGUGAUCAAGGAGAUCCUCCUCUGUCUUCAUCAUUCUACUCAAAUCUCUGCAUUGUUUACCCCGCCAUCCGUUUCUCGGGGCAUCGCGAGGGGCAAAAAGCGUGCACUUUUCUUUUCGUAUAAGACAACGGCAAAGUUUCGCAACAAUGGCGGCCACUACGGAUCUCAACACCUACAAGUUCAAUCACUCGAUGAUUCGAGUCAAGGACCCGAAGGAGUCUGUCAAGUUUUACGAGUUUCUUGGAAUGAGCGUCAUCCGCAAGGUUGAGUUUCCUGAAGCUAAAUUUGACCUGUACUUCAUGGGAUACAACAGCAAGGGCGCCAUUUCAUGCGGAAACUCCCCCAUUGAUCGCGAGGGCGUCAUCGAGCUCACCCACAACUACGGCACCGAGAACGACCCUACUUACACCAUCAACAAUGGAAACAAGGACCCUCACCGCGGAUUCGGCCACACCUGCAUUUCCGUCGACAACAUCCAGGCCGCUUGCCAGCGCAUCGAGGAUGCCGGCUACAAGUUUCAGAAGAAGCUGACUGAGGGACGAAUGAACCACAUUGCUUUUGCUUUGGAUCCCGAUGGGUACUGGGUGGAGGUUAUUGGACAGAAGCCCAUUGAGGAGACUGCCAGCAUCAAGGAGACCGACCCCUCCACCUAUCGCAUGAACCACACCAUGAUCCGCGUCAAGGACCCUCAAAAGUCCCUCAAGUUUUACCAGGAGGUCCUGGGCAUGUCCCUGUUCAGAACUAGCGAGGCCCCCAGCGCAGGAUUCAACCUCUACUUCCUCGGUUAUCCUGGAACCCAGGGUGCCCCACAGGACGGCAAGACCAGCGACCGUGAAGGUCUUCUUGAAUUGACUUGGAACUAUGGUACCGAGAAGGAUGAGAGCUUUUCUUACCACAAUGGUAACAGCGAACCUCAGGGCUUCGGUCACAUCUGCGUUUCCGUGGAUGACCUGGACGCGGCUUGCCAGCGAUUUGAGGACCUCAAGUGCAACUGGAAGAAGAGGCUCACGGAUGGCCGCAUGCACAAUGUUGCUUUCCUGCUAGACCCGGAUGGAUACUGGGUUGAGGUUGUCCAGAACGACAGAUUCAGCGACAAGUAUUCUGUGUAGUCAAAUUGAAAUUGGAACGAUACGCGUAGCUAGCCUGAGAUGAAUUGAGAUCCAUGGGGAAAAAUGUUUCCCAUGAUGAGUG